ACAUUUACCCUCAGGUAAAACCAUCCAUUUCUUGUUGCAAGUCUUAAAAGAGGUAUAAAUUCCACAAUGAUGGAACUGAUAGAUAGUCUUCUUCUUAAGUAACUGCAAUAUGAUGUCUUAUUGACUGCGUAUAACAAGUAAGUUCAUAUUAAAGACUUGCUGCUGGCCAUUAACACCAACCUCAAACAGAUACAUAAUCGAAUGGACAGUUGUUCAUUGACAGUUCAUGUUCAUUUAAGUUUCCAAAAUUUUUAGAAAUCUAAAUUUCUGUGAAAUAUCUAGCAGUGCCUUGUAAUUUAUAUGGAUAAUAUGUUCCCGAUAUAGUGAAUUUAUUAAUGAUUUCUGCAACAAUUCUGAUUUACCCGUUUGUGGCAUGAUUUAAUAUAACUGCUGUAAAAUGAGUGGUGCUAAAGAAAAAAUUAGAACGAAUGGAAGUAAUGGUGCGGGUGCUGUAAUCAAUCGCAAGCAAAACACAAUUCCUGGAGUGGAUCGGAGUAGUAAAGUCGAUAAUAAACUGCAAUUCGAUCCUGAUCGGGAUAAGGAAUUUGAGACGCGUAAAGAUCCCGACAAGCUUUCACCCUCAAAAGAAGUUAUAAAACAAUCUUCUCUCAAAAGUAAAAAUUCACCGACAAAUAUUACCAAAAAGAAUGUACAAUUUGCCGAUGACGAGGAAAGCUUUGGUCAAAUUUCUUUUAAAAUUGAUUUAAUUGCUACACUACUAUUCGCCAUUGCUGCUGCGACAAGAUUUUACAAUUUAGAUUAUCCUCGUAAUAUUGUGUUUGAUGAGCUACAUUACGGGAAAUAUGCAUCGCUUUACCUCCGUAAAAUAUUUUUCUUUGACCCUCAUCCUCCUCUGGGGAAGCAACUCGUGGCUGCAUCAGCAUACUUAUUUGAUCCUUCGUACAAUGGAACUUUUAAGUUUGACCGGAUAGGAACUGCGUAUCCCUCAUGGAUCCCCGUUUUGGGGAUGAGAUUUAUUCCAGCCCUGGCAGGAUCACUUGUUCCGUCUGCAGCCUACAUUUUAUGUAGACAAAUUGGAAUCUCGAAAUUAUUUGCGGCUGUGGCAGGAAUCAUAAUUAUUUUUGAUAACGCCUUAUUAAUUCAAUCUCGCUACAUUCUGAUGGAAAUGCCUUUAAUACUUUUCGGAAUCUCGAGUCUGAUUUUUGCAUUAAAGUCGACAAAGCAAUUAAAUUCCAUAAAGAACUUGAUGUUUGUCUCGCUAUCGGGAUUUUUUGGAACUCUUUCAAUGAGUGUGAAGUAUAUCGGAGCGUUCUACCUCGCUCUUUCAGCCUUAAUAAUAUUCUGGAGGUUUUAUACCCGUUGGGUGCCUCGAAAGGAUUUAUCUUCACGACAAAUUGGGUUCAAACUGUUAUCAUAUUUUGGAGUUUUCUACCUCACAUUUUUCGCUACGUACGUCUCCAUAUUUUACAUUCACUUAAGCGUCCUUACAAAUGCUGGACCACACGAUUCUGUUAUGACUUCUGCGUUCCAAGCCUCUUUGAAGGGUGGACUAGCUUCCAUAAUUAAAGGUCAACCGGUCCAAGUCGCUCAUGGUUCUCAGGUCACGCUUCGUCACUCAUUGGGAAGGGCAUGCUGGCUUCAUUCACACGCUCACAAUUAUCCCAUAAAAUAUGACGAUGGUAGAGGAUCUUCACACCAGCAGCAAGUUACUUGCUACUCAUUUAAAGAUGUUAACAACUGGUGGGUAAUAAAACGCCCAGAAAUUGAUAACAUUGCCGUCAAUGAGACGAAAGAUGUGAUAAAACAUGGCGAAGAAAUUCAUUUGGUUCAUGGGAUGAGUGGAAGGCUGUUAAAUUCACACGAUGUCGCGGCCCCUGUGACACCUCAAAACCAAGAAGUUAGCUGUUACAUUGACCACAACGUUUCGAUGGUGGCAGAACCGUUAUGGCGAGUCGAAAUAAUUGGUGGGUGUGGCGACCCUGAAAAAAGCACUGGAUGUGAGUGGCACGCGGUGCGAUCAAUGGUACGACUUAUCCAUGUCAGCACCGGCCAAGCGAUGCGAAUGACUGGAAAACAGCUUCCCAAAUGGGGAUUUCAUCAACAUGAAGUCGCCUCUGAUCGCGUCGUGGUUCAGGAUGACACCGUGUGGAAUGUGGAAGAACAUCGAUACACGAAAAGUGAAAAGGACCGUGAAAAAGAACUCCUUCAAGCCGAAAUGAUCCCCACCAAGCCAACCGUUCUUACAUUUUGGGCCAAAUUUAUGGAAUUGCAAUGGAAAAUGCUGCUAAAUUCUGGGAGUGCGACGCAGAGCGAAUCUCACACUUAUGCAUCUUUUCCUUCCGAGUGGUUAUUCUUAUCGAGAGGGAUUGCUUAUUGGGUUGGGGCUGGAAAUAAUUCUCAAAUCCAUUUGUUGGGUAACCCCGUUAUCUGGUUUUCUGCCUCGUUUGGAUUAGCACUGCAUGCAAGCCUCGUCGUAUUUUACCUGUUGAGGAGACGGAGGCUGUGUUUCGAUAUUGAUGAAGAAACAUGGUCAACUCUCGUCCUACAAUCCAGCGUUUGCCUUGGUGGUUACUUACUGACGUACGUGUAUCACUUUUGCGUGGAUCGAACCCUAUUUUUGCAUCAUUAUUUGCCUUCUUACGUUUUCAAAUUGGUCCUUUUCGUUGGGACGAUGUAUCACAUUCACUUCAUUACAAGAAACUCGAUUGCGAGAUAUCUCAUCAGUUUCACAUUAAUCAGUUGGCUGGUCACAGCAAUUUAUGUUUUCACAAAGUUUGUCCCUACGUCUUACGGCCAACCGGCACUCUCCAGAUCUGAGCUGGAAUCUCUGAAAUGGAUGAAUUCUUGGGAUUUCAUCAUUCAAACUCAUUCAUGAUUUUAAUGAGGUGCUUCAUGAUAUUUUAUUUAUACACAUUGGUAUUUAUCUGAUUCUGGGUUGUGCUACAUAUUUAUUACAAAAUGUUUUUAAAUGGAAUAUUUUUAUGAACCUGUUUUUGAACAAUAAUAAAGAGUAUUAUCUGAA